GAGAUAGACUGAGAGAGCACAAUAAGAAGACAGAGAGUUGGAAAGAGAGAGAGAGAGAGAGAGAGAGAGAAAAGGCGAGAGGGCUAGAACAGCACAGAUAGAUAGAGAGAGAAGAAGAAGAUAAGCGAAAGCUAAGAUCUUUAUUUGUGCAAAUAGGGCGGUGGUGAGGAAAUCGUUUCCGGCGUUUGAGGCUCGGAGGAUGCAAAUCCGGUGGCUUUGACUAAAUAUUCCGGCGAAUCAUUCUGGUGAUGAGAGAGAGAUGGGGUUAGUUUGCUAGGUGUAGCUAGAUAAUUAUAGUAGAGAUGGAUAGGAAUAGAGAUGCCAGAAGAGGAACUAUGGCGGCCACAAAUGGCUUGUCAAGACGAAGACACAGAAAUAACAGCCUCAGAGACUCCCCAGAGGACGAUGGUCCGAUGGAGUUACAAGAGACGUCGAGGCUGAGAGAUCGAGGGAGCGGGAAGAAAGAUCGGGACCGGGAUCGAGACCGCGAGCGAGACCGGGACCGGGACCGAGAUCGGGACCGGGAUCGGAUGAGCCGGAACAAGAGGAGGAGAGGCGAGAGAUUGAUGCACGGAAGCACUAGAGAAGACGGGGGUGAAGAUAGUUCGGAGGAGAGUGUGAACGACGAAGAGGAAGAUGAAUACGACGAAGGUGGAGGCGGCGGUGGCUCUAUUCGUAUGCUUCCGCCUAAUCCGCCAACGACGUCACUUUCUUCGUCGUCUUCUUUGUUGAAUCACCGAAAGAGCUUCCCUCCGGUUAAUAAUAAUAAGCAUUUUAGGCCGCUGCCGGCGUUGAAGGUCACCGAUGAAAUGAUUGGCUUUUCCGUACCCAGAAAAGCACGGUCAGCCUCCACGAAGAGGUCUCAUGAAUGGCCUUCCAGUUGUGGCGUUGUCGGAGACCAAUUUCACCGGCAAGCUUCUACGUCUCCGGUCCGGCCAAGCACGUCAUCGAUGGCUGCGCCAUCCCCAGCUCCGACCUCGCCCUCUUCUUCUCACGCUUCGGUUAGGAAGAAGCCGAAACCCAAUGGUCCAAAAUUGAGGCCGCCGAAGAUGUCAACGACCAAAACAUCGCCGUCUGCUCAAGACGAUAUAGAGAUUGAGAUCGCUGAGGUGUUGUAUGGAAUGAUGAGGCAACCGCAGGGUCCGAAGCAAGAGAUUACAGCCACCGAUUCAAUUAAGUUCGAAUCAAGAGAAGCCAACAAGUCCACCAGUGAUGCGAAGUCUAGAGUUUCGUCGCCGAUCUCAAACUCGCCCUGUGCGCCUCCUCAGUUGACAUCGGCUUUUCCUCAGAAUUCUAGCUCCUCUGCCACUUCCAUGUCCGCCACUGCACCCAAGAGGAAAAGGCCGCGAGCCCCUAUCAAGUAUGAUGAAGAACACCCAUCGAUUUUCCCAGUUCAAAGCGGUGCCAUUUCGUCUACAAACAAGGUCGCCACAGAUCAAUCCAUGAAGAUUGAGGCUUCCUCUCCAAAUUUGGAGAAAAACCCUGGAUCUGUUACUGAAAAUGGUGGGUUUUCGUACAACUUGGCCAACUUGCACGCCAUUUCAGUACCUGAGGCCCAGCCCGAGUCCAAGAAGGAGUCAAUGAAGCCGGAGAGCAAGGCUAUCUCAGAUUCGAAGCCGGGUAAUGAUGAAUCGCAGAGUCAAAAUCUCAAACCGAGGAAAGAGGAAGCUCAAUCCCCCAAGAAGGAAUCUCCUGUGUUCAGAUUGGAUGAUAAUCGUGAGGAUAUGAAAGCGACCAAUAAAGCAAAUUCAACCGUCUCUGAGAUUGAGAACCACCGGGAAGAGAAAUUCCAGAUAGAUCUGAUGGCUCCUCCUCCAUUAAGAUCUUCUCCAGAAAGGGAUGGUGAGGUUGAUUUUGUGUCUGUGGAUCCUAAACCUACGGUCACGGUUGCAGAAACGGAAUUAAAGUCCAUGACCAGAGAAGAUGACAAAGCUUUGAAAUUUGGGAAGGAAGAGCCUGCAAAUGUGGAAACGGAGAAGUCUAGUAAAGCAGUAACAGUGGAAGAAGCUGAGUUCAAGAAGCCUGUUGUGGGCGGUAAGGAAAGGAAUAUUGAUCUCCAGCUUGAUUUGGAGAAGACUGAUAGAGAUAGUGGCAAUGUUGGUUUUAGUGGAAACAAGCUGCCCCAGCAUGUUACUAGGCAGCAACAAAGCACUGAGAAAUCUGUGCAACCGAGCUCUGUUCCUUUGCCAAUGUCCGUGCCUGCUGGCUGGCCAGGGGGGCUUUCUCCAAUGGGCAGAUACAUGGCACCUUUACAAGGAGUUGUGUCCUUGGAUGGGAGCACCGUUCCUCCCGCUGCUAUGCAACCACCGCAAGUGCUUUUCAACCAACCUCGGCCAAAGAGGUGUGCAACCCAUUUCUACAUUGCAAGGAAUAUAUACUAUCACCAGCAAAUGUCAAAGAUGAAUCCUUUCUGGCCAGUAGCAGCUGGUUCAGGAUCUGUAUAUGGGGCCAAGCACUGUAAUCCAAGCGUGAUUCCUUCAGAAUUUCAUGGGAGUAUUCCUGGUAGAGGUGCAAAUUCUGCACCUGACAAGGGGCAGGGGGUUGCUAUGUUUCCUGCACAACCUGGGAAGGAAAAAGCUUCACCAGCAGCCAAUCUUAUGGAUGCACAGAGAAAGCAAAUUGUAAUCCAGCAAGCUCUACCUCCAGGCGCACCAAGUAAUAUGUUGCAUGGCCCUGCUUUCAUUUUCCCUUUGAGCCAGCAACAGGCUUCUGUUCGACCUGGGUCUGGGAAGUCUCCCAAUGCUGGUAGUGCAGCUUUGCCAAGUUCAGUGAACUCUGCAUCAAUGACUGCUGCAGCAACACCUGCUAUACCUCCUGCGAUGAGCUUCAAUUAUCCAGGAAAUGAACCUCAGUAUCUGGCAAUUUUGCAGAACAAUGCAUAUCCAUUUCCAUUGCCAGCACAUGUUGGUGCACCACCAGCUUAUAGAGGACCCCAUGCUCAGACUCUACCUUAUUUUAGUGGGUCUUUCUAUUCUUCCCAAAUGCUGCAUCCUUCUCAGCUUCAGCAGCAGCAGCAACAGCAACAACCACCCUCUCAAUCACAGCAAAGUCAACAAGGUCAUCAAAACCCUAGUAUUUCCAGUGGUUCAUCAUCAUCUCAGAAGCAUUUGCAAAAUCAGCAGCAGAGGCCACCUUCCAGUGGCGUGAAUGGUGGCUUGCAAGGCUUUCCUGCCUCAAAAAACCAGUCUUCACUGACACUACAGCAGCAGCAGCAACAGCAGCAGCAGCAGCAUCAGCAUCAGCAUCAGCGGCAACCUCAACAAAACCCUCAUGCCCCUCACCAAGCUCGCCAACUUGAACAUGAGAUGGGUGGUGAAGAUAGCCCAUCAACUGCUGAUAGUCGAAUCUCUCGUCCGAAUAUUUAUGCUCAGAAUUUUGCAAUGCACCCACCGAACUUUGCUGUAUUGACAACUCCAAUGGGUAGUGCUGGUGGAGCAACUGCUGCCAGUGGCAGUGAAAAGAAGCAGCAGCAAGGCUCAAAGGCUGGGGUUGAAGGCUCUCAAGCUUUUGCUAUGUCUUUUGCUUCCCUAAAUGGUGCUAAUGCUGCUAGUAGCCUCGACAUGGCCUCCCUAGCACACAGUCAUGCAAUUUUCCAGAGCCUUCCAGAAGUUACUAGGCAAGGCUAUCAACAGUACAUGGCUGCUGCUGUGCAAGCACAAGCAGCUCAACAUAAGAAGAAUUAUCGCCACCCUGAAGAAGGGAAAAGCGGAGGAGGUGAUUCCUCUAAUGUGGAGGAGGAAAGAAAGACCGUGAUAGGGAAAGCUUCAACUGUUGGUCACUCCAUUGCUUUCUCCACUGAUGGUUCUGUUUCUACAAUACCGGGAAAUAAUGUCCUUGAUAGCUCUGCGCCACGAAGUCUUAAUCUCAGUUCUGCUCCCGUCAGGGUAUCCAGUUCUGUUAUGCCCGCCUCCGUGAGUUCUGUAAAUGCUCCCACACAUCAGCAGCAAUUUCAGCAGCAUAUGCGGAAUCAGCAGCAACAGCAGAUGCAGCAGCAGCAGAUGCUUCAGAAGCAACAGCUACAACAGAAUGCAGCUCGAAGCAAGACACCAGCAACAAGCAAUGGCAACGUUUACUCUGAUCACCUUCCUUCAACCUCUUCUAUGGUUGCAAAGUUUCCUAAUGCGCUCUCUUCAAUCCCCCAUAACCUUGUCCAAAGUAGCACCAGUCCAUCUCAAUCUCCUCAGUGGAAGAAUUCUGCCAGGACAACUACUUCCCAGGUUCCUGCAUCAUCACUGGCCUCAUCGACCUCCUCAUCCCUCAAAAAUCAUCCUCAAAAGCAAUCGCGUACACAGCAAAGCCACACUCAGAUUUCUUUUGCAGCCAACCCGAAGUCAUCCACCCAAAAUCAGGGGCUACAGCCUGCCGGUAACAACCAGUCCCCAUCUCCUCCAAUAAUGGUUGGUUCACCCACAACCACGACUUCGUCAAUGUCGAAGAGUGCUGGUGGAAGCCCAAGGACAAAUACUUCAAAUUCCACUGGUAAUAAAGCCGCGCAAGCUUCUUCAUUGUCAUCUCAGCAGGUGAAGAACUCACCAUCGGUGCCCAGUCAGAAGUCGUCUCCAGUUGGUGGGAGGAAUGUUUCUUCGAGCCUAGGCAAUACUCAUAUUACCUCUUCAAGCACUGGGACAAAAUCACAAUUGACACAACAGCAACAACAUCAGCAACAUCAGCAUCAGCAGCAACAACAGCAACAACAUCAGCAACAACAUCAGCAACAUCAGCAUCAGCAGCAACAACAGCAACAUCUGCAUCAGCAGCAGCAGUUGACUAAGCACUCAAUUCAGCAAGCACAGGUGUACUAUUCUAAUGCCUACAUGCAACCCCAACAAGCUUCGCAUUCCAAUAGUACAGGUGGUACUGCAUCCCCUUCUAGUGGGUAUUAUGUUCCAACAAGACGGCGCGGCGACGUACAGCAGCAGUCGCAACAUUCACAGGGAUCAUCAGGGACAUCUUCAAGUGCGAUGUUGUCACUCUGCCCUUCUGUUACGCUUGCUAAUAAUACUGGCACCACUGAUCCUGCAAAGGCAGUGGCUGCUGCAGCCGUUAACAACAUGAAAGGUGGUGGUUUAUCUUCACAGACUCUUAUGCAUCAUGCCCAGUUUGCUGUUGCAUCCUCUGGGCCGCAUCAGCUUGUACCUACAGGCUUCCCUUAUGUUCAUCCUGUUCCCACUGUGGUCCAGAUGAAACCAGCAGAACAGAAGAAGCAACCAGCCGGUGAGUAGAUUGAUGCUUUUGGUGUUACUUGGCAACCCCCAUAUUUUGUGACCAUGAAGAACCGGAAAAGAGAAACUUCUGCCUGGGGUUUGUAAACUUUUGAAGGAAAUGUCAAUUUUGCAUGCGCUACGGGGAGCCUGAGAAGAAAAGGAAAGAAGCAAGUGCGUAAUCAUGUGAAAAAAGCACACCAUGGGGAGGCUAGGUGGAAUUAGACCCACAGUUUUGGAAUGAAGUUUAGGAAGUGGGGGAAAUUGUCCUCGAUGAAAUGUGUAUUCAUCCAUUGUACACUUCGUGUUUAUAAUCUGACAGGGUUGAUGGGGAAGUCUAAUUAAAUUUGAUUGGUUUGAUGAGGAUAGGUCGGGGGCAGUGCAGAAAAUGAAGUUACUUCUCUUGCUGAGCGGAAAGAGGGGGAAGAAUGCCAAAGGAUGACCAGGAAGAGCAAGACCCGCCUUUCCUCCUUUUGGGGUUGUAACGGAGGCUUUCUUUUUGGGUUUCUUCUUUGGAGGUUUCAAUUUCCAGAAAGAGCAGUAAAACAGUUUCUGUUUGACAUAUAUGCAGGGGAAAGAAGAGGGUGUAUGUAUAACAUAUAAUAGUAAACCCUCGUGAAAUUUUUUUAUUUAUAAUUGUGUCAUUACUGGCUCUGCUUGUUUCAUUGCCCUGGUUUGGUGUAAUGUGAAUUGUGAAAUCUGAUAUGAGAAAUGAGCAGGGAAGAAAGAAAUGGAAUUUGAUGGAAAA